AAAUAUGUUAUAAAAAAAUUAAUUAAUAAAAUAAAAAUUAGAAGUACAAUAAAUAAAAGAAGCUGAGUAAUUAUUAAGAACUGAUUAAGAUAGAACCCCAAAACAAGAUAUACCUAAUAUAAUUACAUACGAACCUGAAGAUGGAAUAGGUAAAAUAUUAACAAGUCAAGCAACCGUACAUGGAGAUAAAACAAAGUUUACUCAAUAAGUUAAAAAAGGAGAUUUUAUUAUAUUAAUGCAUCCUUAAUCAUUGGCAAAUGAAGAAAGAAAAAUAGCAUGUGUAAUGAGUGAUAGAAGUAUAUUAUUAAGUUAAGCAUUUUCUUCUGACAUAAUGAGUUAUACUCAAUAUUAAAUUAGAAAAUAAGACGAAAUUUAAUAAGAAGAAGAAAGUAUAGAACAUAAAUAUUUGUAGAAAUUUUAAAUUUUAAACAAAAAAAUAAGCAAAGAUAAUAAUAAUAGUAAUAAAGUAAAACUAGAAUAUAGAUAAAAAAAAGGAAUGUGGGGAUAUAAAAAUGUAGUUGAUGAAGUAAGUGAUAAUGUUACAAAAGAAUAAUUGCUUGAUUUAAGAGCUAAAAAAAAUAGAGAUAAAUUUUGUUGGAUUUGA